GCCAUCUUGCGUACGGAGGGACGACUUGUCGCUGAGGGUUGGGCUUUUAGUCCCUCUGGGUCUUUGCGUUGAGACCGUGUCUCCGCGUUUCUUGCACCUUUUCAGAGGCUCGUGUCUUUGUAGAAGAAGGUUUUAUUGGGAGGUAAAGGUCAAUGCAGAGCUGUAGUAUAAGAUGCCUUAUGGUGAAAUUUCUGAAGCCAAAUCCUUGGGGCAUGGGGAAGAACUAAUAAGUGAACCAUGCUAUAAAAAAUUGAAGUCAACCGAAGAGGCUUAUGUUUUCCCCCAUCAGGGUAGUGCUAAUUUUCACAGACUCCAAGAGAAAACUGGAAAUGAUUGGGUCCCUGUGACCACCAUUGAUGUCAGAGGACAUAGUUGUCCUCGGGAGGACAAAACCAAAACUACAGAUUUGCUGAAACCUGUGCGUAAUGAGAUACCUGAUAAUAGACCAGAUGUUACUGAAUCCGUUGAUUCACAAGUUUUACAAGAUACAAGUCCCCCAUUGAUAUCCAAAGAUGAUGAGAUAUAUAGCACAAGUAAAGCAUUUAUAGGACCCAUUUACAAACCCCCUGAGAAAAAGAAAUGUAAUGAAAGGAGGAAUCAAGCAGACACUAUCAAUGGUGUAGCUGGCAAAGGAGGACAAGAAGAGAAACAGAAAUUUAACUUCAAAAAAUCAGAGAUUGACAAUGAAUUAUUCCAAUUUUACAAAGAAAUUGAAGAGCUUGAAAAUGAAAAAGAUGAUUCAGAAGGCAGUUGUAAGGAACCCAAACCCUCUGAGGAACAACUUAUUACAUAUUAUCAGGGCCAUGAUAAUAAUCUGUUCAAGUCUGAAGAAGAAAAGAAAAGAGAUCCUAGUAAUGCUCUUGAGUCACAUUGUGGUUAUCAACAGUAUUUGGUGAAUGAACCAGGCAAAUAUCCUUGUAAUGGGCAGGUAAUACCUACAUUUUGUGACGAUUCAUUUACUUCCUUCAGGCCUGAAUGGCAAUCAGUGCAUUCUUUUAUAGUACCCCAAGGUCCGCCUCUUCCUAGUUUUAAUUAUCAUUUAAAUAUUCAAAGAUUCAAUGCUCCACCAAAUCCACUAUCAAAUAUCUUCCAUACCCAAGAUGGCUCUCAGAUGCGAAACGGCUAUUAUGUAAAUGGUUGUCAUGUUAACUGGAAUUGUUUAACUUUUGAUCAGAACAAUGAAUAUACUGACUAUAGUGAGGGUACCAGUAGUGAUCGUCCCUCUAGAAAUGGCUACAGUGUGCAAGAUGGAUACGUGAGUAAUGGUUUUUGUGAAACCAGUGAAGGAUGCUGGAAAGAUCCUUCUGUGGACAAGCAUAACGGAACAGAUAGGUUUACGAACCAGCAGUUUCAAGAGGAAAAAUUAAAUAAAUUGCAGAAGUUACUUAUUCUUUUAAGAGGCUUGCCUGGUUCAGGGAAAACAACGUUGUCUCGAAUUCUGCUUGGUCAGAGUCGUGAUGGCAUUGUGUUCAGCACUGAUGACUAUUUUCACCAUCAAGAUGGGUACAGGUAUAAUGUUAAUCAACUUGGUGAUGCCCAUGACUGGAACCAGAGCAGAGCAAAACAAGCUAUCAAUCAGGGGAGAUCUCCAGUUAUAAUAGACAACACUAAUACACAAGCUUGGGAAAUGAAACCAUAUGUGGAAAUGGCCAUAGGAAAAGGAUACAGAGUAGAGUUUCAUGAACCUGAAACUUGGUGGAAAUUUGAUCCUGAAGAAUUAGAAAAGAGGAAUAAACAUGGUGUGUCUCGACAGAAGAUUGCUCAGAUGUUGGAUCGUUAUGAAUAUCAAAUGUCCAUCUCUAUUGUAAUGAAUUCAGUGGAACCGCCACACAAAAGCACACAAAGACCUCCUCCUUCACAGGGGAGACAGAGGUGGGGAGGUUCUCUAGGCUCACAUGAUCAAGUCUGUGUUACAAAUAAUCUUUAAGUUGGCUAUUUUCAGCUAACACAUUUAUUCUUUGCACUUGAAAAAAAUUAGUGAGCCUGUCUUGAAGUUUAAAUAGUUCCCCCCCAAAAAAAGACUACGUUGCCUCACAAAGGGUAUUCCCAGCAAGUUUUUUAAAUUCUAAAGUGUAAAUAAAAAUUUAUAUAAAAUUGUAUUUUAAAUGUUUUUAUAAUGUUUUGUUGUAAUACUUCUGGUUAUUAUGAAAACACCUGAGUAGAGUGGAUAAGAAUUAGAAUGUUUUUCUACAAUUGAAUUUUAAACUAAUUUUAUCUAUUUGUAGAUAAUGUUGAGCAAUUUUAUGGUUCAUACCUAAAUCUAAUUUUUCAUAAAAUUUUAAUAUUUUUCCUUGGCUGCCUUAUAUAUCCAAGAAAUACUAACUUGUUAUAGGCAAGUUUUUAGUUGAUUCCUCUAUUCAUUAUACAGGUAAAAUUAUCUUUCUGCAGAUUCAUCUGUGUGACAAAAAUAUUUCUGAGCUAUAAUUAGCAUAUCACUUAGUUAAAACAAAAU